GUCCAACUUGUCCUGUAACGCCACUUGUUGCUCGCACACGACUCCUCCACCUGUCGUCAUUGUUCAUAUUAACUUCACAGCGGUCAUAUAAACUCUUCUAGACAGCUAUAUAUCUUCGUGUCUCUCCUACCAUCACCUGCAACUCCUUCAACAGCCCUGCCAUGUUCGCCGCCUUGACGCCGCUGCUAAUCUUUGUUGCUUUUCUGCUCUUGCUCCUGGUCUCGCUUUCGGUCCCGGUCAUUAAGAGCAUCUAUCUAUUUCGCCUCACAGCAAAUAUCAACGCUUCACUCUUGGACUCUCGUGCUACCGGAAGUGCGCGAUUUGGCGUCUGGGGAUAUUGUCUCUCAGCCAUCGACGUCUCCAUCAUCGGCUUCAACCAUAAUUCUCCGGCCCAGUGUUCCAAGGCCAAGCUAGGCUACACCUUUGAUAACAAUGUCGAGAUGGUGCUCCGUGUCAAUGGACUUACCGAUGACGUUUCUCGUGCGAUAACUACCGCGCUUGUCUUGCAUCCUAUCGCCUGCGGAUUUACAUUCCUCGCUUUACUUACCUCGCUCUUCAUUAUCCGACGUCGUGGAGGAAACGUAUCCCGACUUGCUUACCUAGUCACCCUCGGAACUGGAUUACUUGCGGCCGUCCUGACCACAAUUGUCUUCCUUAUUGAUGUCAUCUUCGUCGCCAUCGUAAGACAUCGAGUUAACAACGAGUCCGACGAUUCCCUCAACUUUGACUGGGGCAACGCCGUCUGGAUGGCGCUUGGAGCGACCAUCGCGCUUUGGGGUGCUUUGGUCGGCGCUUGUGCCGGAAUCUUCAACUGUGGUCGACGACAGAAGGAUGUCAAUACAUACUGAGGCCGCUUUGUUCACGAGACUUUGACGACAGGAUGAUACCUUCCCGCUACGCUUUAGAUCUGCGUCGGACGACGACUUACCCUAUGCUUCUUUCACGAUACCUGGACAUCUGUAUUAUACCUCCGCACUUUGGCCGACUCUGUAUUAUUCCCUCGUACAUUUGAUGGCAUGUCAUGAUGACACGCCCAUGUCAAACAUCCUUUGAGCUUCUUUUGAUGUUCUCCCGAUCGGGUUUAUCGUCGGAUUGUUGCGGACUGUUGACUGCUUGGAACACUCUAGAUGUCUCACCAUUUAUCUUGCUUAUAGAUGUGAAGACAAGCCUGUCAAGGCAUCGAAGAGCGCGUACCUUGAAUCGCGCGCAUAUGUACCUGUUGACUUCUGGCUACUAGGUCACCCGUUUGGGAUGUAUGGGGUCCCGUAGGGAGCAUACAGUCGGCUCUGUUGCAAACGCCAUUCAGUUGUAUCAUCUUGUAUGUCACUUUGGGCCCUCUGGAUUCAGUAGGCUUGUACUCGUGACAAACUCUAACAAAGCAUGAUCUUGUAAUGCC